AUGGAGGUGGUCUAAUGUAACAAAAACAUAACCUUAAGGACAAGUGGAAAAUCAAUCGCAGCUACCAACCAGUUAAAGUUAACGCAUAUUCUAUUGGCAUAUUUUCUUUUGGAUACUUCUACUUGAUUUAAUAAAUACAGAUGCUUAAGACCAUGAUUAAUGGAAAUUUUUAUGGUAGAUUUUUUAGCCAAAUAUAAGAAAUCGUCUCUUGACCCCACUAGCAACGACGUCAAAACAGUCACCGUCUCCUCCCUAACCGCCGGGAAGAAAACCAUCCUCUUCGCCGUCCCGGGAGCCUUCACACCCACCUGCUCGCAGAAACACGUCCCCGGAUUCGUCUCCAAAGCCGCAGAGCUCAGAUCCAAAGGCGUCGACGUCAUCGCGUGCGUCUCCGUGAACGACGCGUUCGUGAUGGAAGCGUGGAGGAAGGACCUCGGAAUCAACGACGAGGUGAUGCUUCUCUCGGAUGGUAACGGAGAGUUCACGGGGAAGCUUGGUGUGGAGUUGGAUUUGAGGGAUAAGCCGGUGGGACUCGGAGUUAGGUCGAGGAGAUACGCGAUUCUGGCGGAGGAUGGUGUUGUGAAGGUUCUGAAUCUUGAAGAAGGAGGCGCUUUUACGAACAGUAGUGCUGAAGAUAUGCUUAAAGCUCUUUGAUUCUGUUUGUGUUCUGUUUUUACUGUCUUCUCAUGUGUUGGACUUGGAGCUUUCAGAUUCUAUAUAUAUCAUCGGUUAAUGUAAUAACAAAUCGGAAUGUUUAGACCGUAUGUUUGUUUCGAGUUAUAGCUACUUUGUGUGUGUUA